CUGCCUACCACCGUCCACUUGUCCCUCAAUAGGAGGAUCAUGCGACGCGUUCCUGCUCGUGAAAGGCCAUGAAGAAGAUCCCUUAUGAAUCCGUCAAGGACUCUCAGCUUGUGUUCUCCACCAGCCCUCCCGCCUCUUCGCCCUCGGCCGUGACAAGCUCUGAUGCUCUACAAUUCUCGACCUACCUCACAUCGCCAAUCUACACUCUAUUAGAUUCGCUCAAGUCCGACACGAAUGUUUCUGUUUUGGACAGGACUGAAGCAUACAACGUCAUAUCUCAGAGGAUUCGAGCCCAUAUCCGAAGGAUAGUACACGCGGCACCGGAAGAGCUUCCACCCGCGCUGGCUGAGUUGCAAGAUGUCUCGACUGGACUCUCAGAUGUAAUGAAGAGGGAUUUGAGCCAAUUGUGCGAUGAUCCGUCGGUCCAUGUCAGAAGGGUACCGGAGGAUAUAUAUGCGUCCUCUAUUCACACAGACGUGGAGGUGGACGAGGAAGUUGCACGCAUUGCACGCGAUUUCACGCUGCUUGUAGAUUAUUCCCUUCGGCUCAUUGCCGAUAUAUUUGUGUUUCCGGCUCUGUAUUCUGUAUUUUCAAACGACAGCCUCAAUGCCCUCCUGAACGGACUUCUUGCCCUCGGUUCUGCGCGACGCAGCUUUUCAUCAUCAUCCUGCCGCCACUGGACAAUGGUCGUAUGGAUUCUGUCGAUCCAGAAUCUACCGACCGGUGUAAUAUCACCGGCCAAGCACCAGAUUGUGACUGUCUUGAAGCGCGCUUUAGAGGGAGAGAUAGGGACGGAGUCAGCCAUAUUGGAUGGCCUGAAGGCCUGCACCCGUCUCCUGAAGCAGCAUCCAGCCGUUUUCACGGCACCCCUGUCAUCUAUAUUUCCAUCCGUCUUGCAUUGUCUGAUAUCGGACUUAUGCGACGUUCGGCUCCAUGCGAAUCAUGCGCUUGGGGCAUUCGCUCUCGCUAGAAUCAAUGGGGCCAUUUCCAACGCAGAAAUAACUGGCUUUUCCUCGUUGCUUUCCGAAUUCAUCGAGAUCGGAAUGCUAAAAUCCGCUGGGGUUCCUGAUUCCGGGCGUAUUCUCAGCUUGAUCUCAGCCUCUUUGUCUGCUUCUGAGUGGACCCAUCCGGCCGAAGGCCCGUGUUGGGUUAUGCAGCUCAUCGCGAGCGUCAUCAUCCUCAUGGACGACGCGUACUUUUCCGACCCUCGUGCCCUCAAGUUGACGCUGCAAUCGCUGUAUGUGACCUUCCAGCACAAGGAGGAGUGGGUUUCUGCGCUCCAUCCCUGCGUCUGGCGGUGCAUCAUAUGGAUCUUCUCGCGCUUCAAGGCUGUGGGAAAGGACAAGGCAAGCGCACUGCGGACAGUCAAGCAAGAUCUGAGAGGCGGUUUGGGAUUAGCUCUGGUCCUGACUCUGCUCACCUCACAAGAGGCUUUCGGGGGCUUGGAUCCGAUAGCUGAAUCUCUGAUAGUCUUGAAGGAUCUCAUGUCGGACAGAAGUCGGCAUCUGCAGCUCGAUGGGAUCGGCCUUUUGACCCAGCUGCUGUGGCCAUCGGAUGCGUCAUCAACUGGAGGGUCCGUGGAGUUACUUGUCCCACAGCUCUUCGACGGUAGUCUUUUGCAGGCGUCCCAGUCGCAUGCCAAAAACGUCGUCGCUGCCCUGCCGCGAUUGGAGCUGAGCCAGCUACGUCGAUUGUCUGACGCAGAGAUCUUGCUGCAUUGGGAGAGCAUAGCAAAGCGUUGGACCCAUGCGAUGAACAUAUGCCUUGAUCCCAAACUUGCUCAACUCAAGUUACACCAGCCAUACCUUUCCCUGGAAGAGUACCGACGGGAUCUGCUACAUGGUUGGCAGUCUCUCUUGCUGGCGCCCUCCGACUCGACUGAGGAAUCACUCAAUCGCGGAACCGACGAAAUAUAUUUUAAGCGGUUCGCGGACGUGAUCUGCUCUUUCAUCGUCGCAACCGAAUUUACGGGUCUGCAGCUGCAGAGGCUGCAGACUGUCGACAAGAUGUGGCAGGCGAUGACCAAUACUUUCCAACGCGACAGGCUCUUGUCUUCAGGGCGAGUUGUAUUGGAGGCUGCGUUCCAGCUGCGGUGGGAUCCGUCUCCGUCCCAAGACGCCUGGGUCGUUCUGUGCUCGCGGUUGAUCCGUUUUGGCGUCCCGGAGAGAGUGGAAAUAAUGCAGGAGCAUUUUGCUACUGGCGGAAUUCCGCUGCAGAUUCAGAAGCAGCUCUGGACUGUAGCGGCGAGCUCGAUACAGGAUACCAGUCCUGCUUCUGAUACGAUUCAGCUUCUCCGCAUGUCAUUUGGUGCUUGGGAACCUGAUAUGGAUAUUUGGAAUGAUCUUCUCUCGGCUUCAUUCAUGCUUUCCGCACCGUUGAGCAAGACUGAGGUUGUCGAGCGGAUUUUGGUCAAGGAGCAUCGGCAUGCGGAGACGAUGAUCCCUCUGUUGACCUUAUUCUCUCACGUUGUGUUUUCCGAUCUCGACCAUCUACCAGAACAGAUCGUUCGAAUUCUACGUACGACUCUCAGAGAUCUGUAUCCCGACAUGGCAUUGCAUCCUACUUCUCUGUUGUUGGUGCAGAGGGUGAAGGACUUGUUUCUGGCUGUGCCUUUGGCGCUGGCAUUGCCGUUGCUUCUUGAGCUGGAGCCCAGCAUCUGCACGUGGCUGGAAGACGAGGAACAUCUGUUGACGGAAGACAUCCGGAUUGAUGUUGCUGAGUGUCUUUUCGCUGCCCCUUUGUCGAGGCUGCAUCAUAUGGAGCCAUCGACAGAUCAUCUCGUUACGCUCUCACGGUUUCUUUCCACCCUAGCAGAUGCCGAUGCAUUCGAGGUGUUUUGGCGCAAGACGUACGACAAGCGAAGAGACUUGUUCCAUUUGGUUCCAGAAACCAUCCAGACUUGUCUCAAGGCGUACAGGGACGUGUUUGCCGGGAGUCUGGCCGGGAGUGUGACGGAUUCGCAGAUGGACAGCCUUCGUACGCCACAAUCUCAGCUCACGGCUAGCUCGUUGGAUUACGGCCCAGAUGAAGGCAAGGGGGUUUCUGAAGAGACUUUGCAUCGACCACAGUGUGUCGUGGAUCGCAAGGACCGCUCGAUGGCUCUGUCUAUUAUGCGCACGGGGUCGAGCACGCCUCGGCCCUCCACUGCACUGGAUCACUUACAAGAGUACUCAAGCUGGAGCGAGAUGAACCAGAACUCACCCCACAUACAAUCCGGCCGAGGAUACCCGACAAGCUGGGCAGACAGCUCAAUGGACAUCGUGGAGAGCAGCGUCCUCGCUGAGCGGCCAUCGCCGAAGCACGACCUGGAGCAACGUGAACUUCCAUCAGCGAAACGGCGCAAGACCAGAUCUGGUCCCAGCGGAUCGCACACGUUCUCUGUUUCGGCUUCGGAGCGGUCGGGAGGAGGGGAUCGCGAGGGGCCUGAUGCGUCUCUGCGCACGCCGCCUUCCAAACGCUCCCGGUUUGAGCAGCAGCAGAUGUCAAACUCACUGCCCACGCCAUCACCGUCGCUCCGAUCCAGAGUCGCGGCGUCGUCGGACCUGGAUGAGGAGCAGGAGGAGGAGGAUUACAAGAGUUGGGAGAACGGCCGCGUCGCUGCUGAAGAGGUGGAACAGGUCGACGAAUUAAAUCUGGAGAUACCAGAGACAAGCCAACCGGACGUGAACGCCGACAGAUCUGUUCUGCGACGAGCGCAGACUGUGCAGCAACUUCUCCCACAAUCUCCAGCUCCUCUACAACAAGCCACGACGUCUGCGCGUUUGCUUGCUCUGCAGCAGGCCUAUGCAGUCGUCGAGGAAGAUACGUCCCAGCCUCAGCUGGAUGUUCUCUUGCAGGCGUCGCAUCUCCUGCAUCAGAUUGGAGCCAAGCUGAACGAGCAGAUCGGACGAAGGGCCCGGCAGACCUGAAAGCCUGCUGUCAUGUAUUCCUAUGUAUCAACCUGCUGCGAAUGUAAUGUAUCUUUAGCCGCGUGUCCAAUACGACACGCUCAUGCUGCUGCUCGUGUUACAUUUUAUAAGUAUAGUACAUCGAUACCACAAUUAAUAAUCCAAAAUGUGUACCAUCUUUUUAUUCAUAGAUGGUACACCCGUAAUCAGCACAUCCCUCGCGAGUGAAUGUCACGAUAUGGUCUGAGCAACCGUCAGCGUCGUAAAUGAUGGCGAGAGAAGAAGAGGACACGGACCACCCAGGGUUCGCGACGAGAAGCCGACCUCGCAAUAGCAGCUGGAGCGGAUGGAUUAGAGACACAGGGCGACGCGAGAGACGAAGACUCCUACUAGUAAUCUGCGGGGACCUACGUAAGCAAAGCAGCUCUAACCGCAGGAACAGGGCCCACUCACAUAUCCACUUGCGCUUGAACACCUCAAUCUCCUCUUUGCCCCGGGGUCCGUUCAUCACCGUCGGGUAUUCCCGCUUGAGCGCAGGCACGAUUACGCUGUCGAACCGGUGCAGGAACCGGCGCCGCCAUUCUCGCAGCGUCCUCGCAUAGUGCGGACCGAUAUUCGAGACAUUGUCCACUGUCAGCCGCCCACCAGAUCCCUCUUGCAUCGUUUGGAGCAGGAACGUCAAUGUAGGUAAGAACCCGCCCGGGAAAACUGGUCCCCGGAAUCAGAUGCCGGAUACAGAGAGAGACAAGAAACACUCACUCCACUUGCGGAUAAAGUCAAUCUCCUGCAUGUAGCGCUCAAAACGUGCCUCGGGUAUCGUGAUAACCUGGACACAGCCCACUGCGUCGACGGGCUUCAAAGCCCAGUCCAGUGUCUUCCAGUACCCGGCCAGGAACUCGGAUCCGACGGCCUCGAUCAUCUCGAUGCUCACCACACGGUCGAACGCGCCCUGCCAAUCUGCCGGCAUAUUUCGGUAGUCCAUCAGGUGCACGGUGAUGCGAUCCGAGAGACCCGCCGCCGCAAUUCGCUCCUGAGCGAGUUGCUGCUGCUGCACAGACAAAGUGAGGGUGUCAAUCGCGGCGCCUUCGACAGUCUGCGCGGUGAGGAUGGCCAUGGAGCCCCACCCCGAGCCAAUUUCCAGCACCCGGUUUCCGGGCUGGAUCUUCGCUUUCUUGAUGACAUGGCGGAGUUUGCGUAUUUGCGCAUCGUAGAGCUCGUCCACGUCCGAAUCGACGGUGGGAUCAACCGGGUUGCUCGCCGCGCGCUUGCCCAGCCUGUGCAGCUCCUGUCCGCCGCUCCAGCCACUCCGCUCAACUCCAUCUUUCAUAUCCCCAUCCAAGUCCUCGAAGAUCGCACACGAGUCUGGGCUCCACUCAAUACAAACACAGAAGGGGGUUUCCGUCUACGCACAGGUCAUGUCGUGUGACAGGAAACCGGAAAACAUGUCGUUCGAGAUAUCGUAAUGUGCUGCAAAACAUAAGCUGAGUCUCGACGCGAAUAAGAACCGGUAAUGACCUGAGAUAUUUGACCGGGAAUUCCCUAUCGUGUUCAGGAAUCGGUACGAGGUCAGUUUCUGGGGUAGUGUGAACAGGUACGACGCUCUCGAAUCGAGGUUGGACAAGUUUUGGCGGUUGGCCAGGAAGAUCUGUAUGAAAGCAGAUGAGUUGGUGCGGCCGAGCUCAUCCAAGAAGCGGACUGACACUGAACAGCGAAACAAGGUCGUCACAGUCCACUUCCCCGUACAUGUACGCCUCUGCGAACCCCAGAUCGCCCAUAAGCGCCAACCGUAUCCACAACGAGUCACUCGUCACCCGAAGCUCAGCUUUAGGACUGGAGUCGUCGUCGGAUCCAUCGGCGGCCACGGUCGGGAACGAAUAGAUAUGGGAAUAAGUUAACACGCGCAGCUGCCCGUGGGUGAUCUUUUGCAUGAGCCUAGUCCAUCGAGAGUCAAUUCUCCUCGAACCACACGCGAGGGACCGCGACGCACGCAACGACCGCCGCCUCGGACAGUUUUGCCACAGGGCGCCAUCCGGUCCUGAAGGCAGUCUCAGACAGCUUGUUCCACGCGGUGUCAAAGAGCCCGGAGAGCGAAAAUGCGUGCUUCGAGGGCGUGUCCAGCAGUUGUUGAGACAUGGCUAAGUCGCGCGAUGGGGGUAAAGGGGCAGAGUGUGAUGCGGGGGGCGCGAGGACUCAACCAAGGAUCCUGGCAAAUAAAUAUGAGCUGGUUUAGCGAUGGCGACAGAAGCCGAUCGGGCCUGGCAUCGGGGCGACCAACAAACUGGCUUGAUCAUCGAUCAGGGAUGACGUACUGCACAACUGGCGAAUCUCGAUGCACACGAUCGCACCCCGGCGUGUUCCGAUAAUAUCCGGACGUCAGCACUGUGCAAAAAGACUUCAUUUGGGAUACGUGCAGUUGCAAGCUCUUGGACCCUGCCCCGAGACAUAGAGUCUCUGCUAAGAAUCUUUGGUGGGUCCUCAGAAGCAGCGAACCUGAUUCGCUGUGCUCGGAAUCAGAAGUCCUCGGAGUGCGGGGAAGCAAGGCGGCCUAGACCGCAUUCUCUUAGACACUCAAUCCGCAUUCGUAUAACAAAUCGCCAACCUCGAAUUCGUUAUCUUGGUACGCACCACAUUCUGCCGACGACAGAUGGGCUCAGUAUCUUUGUCAAUUCUUCGCACAGACACAACAAACGAGAUUUGAUGCAAAUGCUACAGUAAUAAAUUGAAUUUCAAGUUAAUUUUCCAGCAGACACAGAUCUCUGCAGACGUCGGGAGAUCAUGCUCUUGACUGGACUCGAGAAAACACUCGAAUCGUCGCUGCUUGGUGGGUCGUCAUGUCUCAGCUUCGUCCGAAGCGCUGGCGAGAUAACAUGGUGGGGUGUGACCUGCCCAAAGAAGGCAUCAUCAUCAGACGACGAGGGUUUGGGAGCAUCUAAAAAAUCCGAUGUCAGAACAUGCGAAAAAGCUGUCACCACGAAUAGACACUGACCGCUGAACAGAUCGUCGCGUCGUCGCUUGAGGGUGCGUGACACUGGCGCGGUUUCCCGCGCUACAAUCUCGCCGUAGACGUCUUGCAUUUUUGAGACCUCGACUCCAUCGAACGACAACCGUUUCUGCUUUUUGCUAGCUGCCGGACUACCCGACAACUGGAUCAGGCUCAGCUCAACAGCUCGCUCGUCCUCGAGCUCGUCAGAGGCGCGAGCCCGCUUCUUCGAUGGGGAGACAGGCUUGCCAAUCACCGCGGCUAUCCGAUCCAUGACAGAAGCGACCAAUACCCGCGGAGACUCGUUCUCCUUGUUGUCCAGCUUCCUGCGUUUGCUCGGUGAUCCCGCAUCCGUGACGCGCUUGGGUGUACUAGGCGUGCUCGGAGGCUGAUACGCAAAGAUGGGGGAUUCUGGAGUUGAGGGGCAAGGGGAAGACGUUUGUUUGUGGGGACGAGACGGAGUACAAGGCUGAGAUCGCGAUGUCACAGGUGUGCUGGGCACAGUCACGGGAAGGCCAUCCUCGUCGUCAGGCUCAACCGACACAGAUCGGAAACGGGCGACGCGAAGCUUGAAGGGACUCCCGGCCGGUACCUUGGUGAAAGCACUAGUAACAGCGAUCUUCGGACCCGACGAUGCGCUCUCGAAUGCAGGCGACAACUUCAGCUGGCUCCAGGGUUCUAUCGCCGGUUGAGUGAAAUUGUCCAGACAAGUCUGAAUCUCAGUUGGCCAGCCAUUCUUGGGCGCAGCCAUUUGAGCGUAGUUGGCGGACCAGAAUUCUGCAAAUGCGUUUCGCAUGGGGGCGGGAGUCCCUUCAGGUCGCAUGAACACUGCCACCAGGAUAGACUCAACCGAUUUCAGCGUCGAAAGCUCGCUUGGAAGUUCGGCGAUCUUCACUAGCAGGUUCUCAUACAAUGUGACGAGCUGGAGCGUCGUUAGCGUCCUCGCGAUGGGGUAAGAAAGGCUGCACGCACGUCAUAACCGUACUCGUCAUCACUCAAGGCCCUAUGCUCGUCGACCAGCCAAACAGACAAGCCUUCUGCAAGUACUCCGAGAAGCGCGACCAAGUGCUCCACAUCGCAUUGGUCAAUCGCCUUUCCGACGGAGCGCAGAGUCCACAGCGACUGCAGCUUGUUCCGCGGCUCGGGGGGAUAGCUCGACCGAAGCGUGUCGUUGACAAAUUCAAACAGUGUAUCGGGCACUUGGAUUGCCGCGUCGAGCUUCAGAUGGGAUAACAGAAUGUCCGCGAUUCGAGAAGCGGUAGUUGAUAUAGGGAUGUGUUCUUUGAUGAUGCUCCUGGAGAGCUGCUCCAACACGUCGUUCGUAUCCAGCCCUUGGUCCAGCGCCUGACUCAGCACAAGUCCAAGAUACACCUCCCAAAGCUGACAGUCUUGGUUCUCAAAGUCCCAAGUCUUCUCCGGCCUAUAGUAGAAUUAGCCUAUGCACCCUGAAUCACUGCGUUUGACUUACAUGAACGGCAUCGAGAUCAGAGUGCCUGUCACCUCCAAAUCGAAUGCAGCUGAGCCCUCGUCCAUCCAACGCUUCACAAGGCACGUCCAGACAAGCUGUCGCACACUCGGUGCCCAUUUCCAUUUCCGGUAAUUCCAGAAAGCCUCCAAAUCCUCCGACGAACACAAAACAAGGACAUCCGCGCAAAAUGUGGCCCAUAUCCUGCGCGAAGCGACGCUCGAGUCUGUGAACUCGUCCUCUCCUUGCAUGAGACACAUGAUCAUGCUGCCGCCGGCAGAAACCAACUGGUCGUGUGUGAUGAACUUGCGUAAACAGUUCCAUAACUCGCGUCCGAUCUUGAGCUUGAGCGUUGCAUUAGACAAUUCGUUCUUGCCGUCAGGGACGUUAGCGAUGGAGCGACUCGGCUUGAGCGUAACAUCGAUAUUGCUGUCGAACAGGAGGUCGUCGACGAUGAUGCUGACGGCACGGUUGGCGAACUCAGUCAAUUCGUCUUCGUCACCAUCUGCUACACAAAUCAAUUGUCUGAGAUAGACACAGAGAAGGGCAUCAACGCACCUUGCAAAGCAAGCACAUUCGGCUGGAUGACGUUUUCCCAGAUGGACAAAAUCUUUUCCUGAUCUCCAGUCAGUUGUGAACGCAAACACAAGAAUGAUACAGACCGGACACCCAUCGCUAUCCCGCAAGCUGAUACACUCGAUACACUCCUUCCACAACCGGAUGACGGCGUCGAAGACCACAGGAUCGAUGAUCUCCUCGCGCGACAAUGGGCGGACAUCAUCGAGAUCAGGGCACUGCCCGUUGACAGCUCGGACCGGGCCUUCCAAAGCGUUGAAAUCAGCCGUCAACAAGCCUGGUGAAGCGGAGAAAAGCCCCCGUGGGAGCAUUCUGUUCCACCGCCAAUGGCUGGGCGCCGGUUCGAAGCAAACCAUGCGCUCCAGAGUGUCGAUCGCCGCCUCGAGCGAUUCGCCACCCUUGCCCGUCAUCGCCCGGAAGAUGGUUGUGAUUCUCUCAAACAUGUCAUCUGCGGUGCUAUCGGUGUCUUCCAAUAGUGCCGCGAUGGUCGACACCCCCGUCCCCAUCUCCACAACAGUCGAGAUGGUGUCCUUCCAGAACGACUCCCGACUCGAUUCGAUGUCUGUCGCUGGCUCUGGAUUUUCGCCGUCGCCAUCAAUUUCCGAUUCGCCAUCGCCAUCGGUUGGCAGAACAGGCUGACAAUAAGCCCACAUGGCAACUCGCCAGACUGCAGAAGUCAAAGCUCGGAUCGUGCUCUUCUGAUGUUUCAGACCCAGGUUUAAAAAACUCUUGAAGUUCUUCCGAGCGCGAUCAUUCGUGUAGAUGGCCGAGUUGGCGAGCACAAUGAGAGCCGCAAGAACGCUCAAGCCCCAGACAGGACCUUGGGCCACCUGUUGUACUUCCGUCGCUUGCAGUGUCGUACGGAUAGUGCGGGAAAGUGCCGAUGUAGUUUCCGGAGAUGCUUGUUUCAUGGGCGAUUUACGCGGAGUCGAAGGCGAAGCAGUGAGAAGAUGAGUGAUGGUGAUGGCAGAGACGCGAGUGUGCAGGCUGGACGACGGAAGUGUCGACAAUCCUCGUGCGAAGCCCCCUAGUGCAUGGCAUGCCUGGGUUCGGAUAACCAGCGUCGGAGCAAGCAGAUUGGCAAGAACAGAAGGCAGCAAUGCUUCGAAUUUGGGGACAAAAACUGCAGGCUGAAUCACGGAAAGAUCGUGGAUCGCCUGAUAUUGUCAUUGAGCUUGCUUCGACACGGCAACUCAAAGCAUAGACUCACCUUGAGGCCGUCGCUCGCUGAACCUUUCUUGCCUUCCUUCCCCAGCUCUCCUUCGAUAGCACGCCGAAGAGCGAAAACGAUACGAUCUGCGCCAGAUUCCAAGACACAGAUGGGAAGACGCUGAGCUUGAAGGAGCCAAAUGGCCAGAGCGUAAGUCUUCCGAGCGUUGGGUGUCGGCAGCUCGUCGGCGAGAGGGAUAGCCAGGACCGCAGUCAUGAUAGAACGCAGUUGACACACGUUGAAUACAUUAUAUGCAGCAGGCAGAGUGAAGAGUGUAGUCAAAAGCUUCAUGACCGAGUGGCAUACAGUGCACAAAUCUCGCCCAUAUUUUGCUUUCUUAGCCGUUGUUCCGCGUCUCUUCUUUGUCGGACUUCUCUUCGGUGAGGGAAGAAGAGACUGAAUGUCCCGUUCCUCUCUAUUCUCCUGUCUCAAAGACUCUUCCUCCUCUACGUCCUCUGCAGUCUGCGGCAUGCUCUGUGGAUCGACGAGGCACCGGGCGAGAUCCCGAAUGAUGGAUUUUUCGAGCAUGACCCUGUUCUGGCGUAGUGGGGCAAGAAUCGGCCAUGGCGCGUCGCGGUCAGCAGUCAGAGUGACGUGAGCCUUGACGCGCGCAGUGAGGACGGAAUACGCGCGAAUCAGGUGCUCAAUGGAUGCAGAAGGGUCAAUGAUGGUAUUGACAGGCGAUGAGAGGUAAUUGGAGUCGGACGCGGGUUGUGAGGGUUCAGGCGUUGUCUCGCGCUGGAAAGUGUCGAAGAGGGGCAAAGCCGACUGGGGGCACUUCUUCAAAAUCGACUUGCUUGGAAGCCUCCUUAACUCUCUCUUGGUUGGAGUGGUUGGUAUGCUGUUGUUGAUAGUCCGAACCUGGUCUUGCGAGGACCAGUAGACGUGAAAACGUCCAAGAGUAGCUACGCGAUUCUCCUUCUCUCGAUGGGCAGUGUGCGGGGGUGUGAGAAGACUUGGGGUCGGUGACAGAGACAUUUUGCAGACCAAAGAGCGAGUUGAGGAUGAUGAAAGGUAGCACUGAGAGGCAAGGGUGGAGGGAAGGCA